AUGAACAAUACCGAUACAACCCACCGUAAAGGUAUAAUCGGCAACCCACACUCCACCAAUUUCUGGCUGUAUGACUCCAUCAAUGGCUUCGACCUCACGCGCCCAUCCUCACCCACAGCGCCCUCUACCACCAAAAACGUAAAAUUCCGCACCACCACCGUCCCCAUAACCAUCUCCGCCCCAAAAUCCGCCCUUGUGAUCGUCGACAUGCAGAACUUCUUCCUCUCGCCAUGUCUCGGCCGACCCCGGGACUCCAAGGGCCUGAAGGCACAACAACAGCUCCUAGACCACGCUAUUCCGGCGGCACGCAAGGCCGGAAUUCAAAUCAUGUGGUUGAACUGGGGCCUCACUGAGACGGAGAUCUCGGAAAUGCCACCCGGGACGCUGCGUGCGUUCGGGUUCGAGACUGUGCCCGCGGGGCAGUUUGCAUCGUCGCCGUCGUGGGUGGACAUGGAAGCCACGCAGAAACAAGCGGCCAUUGAUUCCCACGGCGUCAAUGAAGGAUGCGAUACAUUGGAGACCAAAAAGCCCUCGAGCGACAACGCCUCUCGCAUCUACCGCGGCCUCGGCAGCGACAUCGGGCCCGUGUCCCUCUCUGACGAAGGCACGACUAUGGCAGGCGGCCGCCUCCUCAUGCGCGACACAUGGAACGCAGACAUCACGCCCGAACUACGCGCCAACUACGAAUCGGAGGGCCUCAGCCCCAAAAACCCCCUGCCGGACGUCUGGAUCCACAAGAACCGCAUGUCCGGCCUCUGGGGACCGGGGACCCCAUGCACUGAGUUCCUCACCGCGCGUGGAAUCCAGACGUUGCUCUUCACGGGUGUGAAUACCGACCAAUGUGUGGGCGGCAGCUUGCAGGACGCCUUCUCAAACGGCUACGACACGAUCCUGCUCUCCGACGCUUGCGGCACCACGAGCCCAGACAGUAGUCAGCAGUGCAUUGAGUUCAACGCCGCCAAAACCUGGGGUUUCGCCACGACCUGUCGCGACUUCGCUCAGGGCUGCGGAGUGUAG